CCGGGUAAACAGUCAAGAUGGCGGCGUGUGUCGCCGGAGAGCGGCUGCGGGACAUCAGCACGCCGACGACGAGCGACCGGGGCGGCAAGAAGCUCACCGACUUGCCCACCGAGGUGCUGGAACACAUCCUGUGCUUCCCCGCGCUCAAACAUGUCGACGUUUGCAACGUUUCCCGCUGCUGUCAGCGCCUCCACGACGUGUGCCACGGGCGCGGGAAGGUGUGGGGGCACCAGUACAAACUCAGAUGGCCCAGGCUGCAGAGGUUCUACCCUCAGAACGAGAGCUGCGACUGGCUGCGGGAGUACAAGACCCGCCAUCGGGUGGGCAUACAGAUCCGCAGGACGGUGGAGUCCAUCUCUAAAAGGUUCUUCACGGAAGUUCCGUGCAUCGGACAAGUUCUGGGGGACAGCUUCGCUGAGAUCGAGUCCCUGGGCAUGCCCGAGCAUUUCUGUGAGGACGAGCUGCUCUUCAUCCUGCGUGCCGACAAGAGGAAAAGUCUGACCCUGAAGUACUAUGCAAGGAAAAUCCUUUACUUCCUGAGACAGCAGAACAUCCUGCGCAGUCUCAAGAACUUCCUGGAGCAGCCCAAGGAGCAGCAGUCGGCGCUCGCAGGAGCGGUUCUGGUGGACCAGUACUGCAACCCGCUGGCUGACAUCACGCUGGAAGGCGUCCGGGCUCAGCUGGACGACGUAGUGGACAAAGUCAAGAAGACGCUGAGGCUGAAGAACGCUUCUCAUCCCAGCCUGCGCUCGCCUCCAGGUUUGCCCCUGGAGGACUUUGAGCUGCAGCGGCAGGUCUUCUGUGCCCUCAACUCGGUGCUGUACGAGCAGCUGCAGUACAAGGGCGACCAGUCGGACUACUACAACCCUCUCAACUCCUACAUGCAGCAGGUGCUACUGCGGCGCAAGGGCAUCCCCAUAAGCCUCUCCAUCCUCUACAUGACGCUGGCCCAGAGCUUGGGGGUCACGCUGGAGCCCGUCAACUUUCCCAGCCACUUCCUGCUGCGGUGGCGGCAAAAACCACGAGGGAGCGAGGACAUUUACGACUUUGUCUACAUCGACGCCUUCGGGAAGGGCAAGCAGCUGACGGCCAAGGAGUGCGAGUACCUCAUCGGGCACCAGGCCACCGCCGACGCCUACGCCGCCAUCGGCACCGCCGAGGUCCUGCUCAGGAUGGUGGGGAACCUGCUCAACAUCGGCAAACGAGGGGAGGGCAACGAGAAGUCCUACCAGCUGCUGAGGGACACCUUAGACCUGUACCUGACCCUAAACCCUGACAACGUGACCUACCUGCUGCUGCAGGCCCGCCUCUACUUCCACCUGGGCAUCUGGCCAGAGAAGGUGCUGGACAUCCUGCAGCACAUCCAGGCCUUAGACCCGUCCCAGCACGUGGCCGUGGGCUACCUGGUGCAGCACACGCUGGAGCACAUCCAGCACAAGAAGCACCCCGCCCAGCCCGAGGUCAAGACGCGCGGCGCCCCCGAGCACCUGGACGUGCGCUACUCCGUGGGCCUGGUGAUGAAACACAAGAGGUCUGGCUACAACUGCGUGGUGUACGGCUGGGACCCUCGCUGCACCAUGAGCCAGGAGUGGAUCACCACCAUGAGGGUCCAGCAGCUGGCCCACGGCGCCCAGCAGCCCUUCUACAACGUGCUGGUGCAGGACGGCACCUGUCGCUACGCCGCGCAAGAGAACCUGGAGCCGCACGCGUGCCCGCUGGAGAUCGCUCACCCGGAGGUCGGACGCUACUUCUGCGAGUUCGCCGACACGCACUACGUCGCCAACGAGGAGCUGCGCUCGCGAUACCCCGGGGACACGGAGGAGACGGCGGCCACGGCCCAGGACCUUUACCGGGACCUCCAGCAAGCCACGCCCACCUAAAUGUCGCGUAAACGUCACACGCUUGGCGUCCAUUUCAUCAAAGCGUUGUCACAGGACACUUCAUUAGGUACACUCAGCGUUUCACUUUCUGGUUUUUUUCAUUGAUUUUUGACAAUAUUCUUAUUUUUAAUAAUACAUUUAUUUUUUCAUUGUUAUUAACAAUACACUUAUUUUUAUAAAUUAUUUUUAACAAUAUACUUACUUUAAAAAAAUAUCUUAAUUUAUACUUUUGAAAGCAUGUGGUUAAGUUAAAAAAAAACUAAAGUAUAUUGCUGAAAAUAAUUUUUAAAAAGUAUAUUGUUGAACACAAAAAUUAAU